AGACGCUUCAGAUGGAUACAGUUGGACGGGGCGGACGCAUCCGUACGCACCACACCGACUGCUAACCGUAAAUACGCGAAAGGGAUUUAUAAAGAUCUAUAUGCAUAGGAACCGAUUGUUUAUUUUUACCACUGUGUUUAAUGGAUACCGGUUGUUUCACCGCGGCGCAGCGCAUUUCGUGCCACACCAUGAAUGCGGAUUUAUUUAAGCCUGCUCCGGAACGUGGACCCCAGCAGUCCUCGGCGCUGGUGAAAACCAGCAGGAAUAAGCCCGAGCAAGCCAAACUGGAGGUGGCCCAGGUGGUGACGGACUCCAAGACGGGAAGGUCCUACAGCAAAGGGAAGCUUUUGGGAAAGGGUGGUUUUGCCCGAUGCUACGAGAUGACAGACCUCACCACCAACAAAAUGUUUGCGGUCAAGGUGAUUCCACAGAGCAGGGUGUCCAAACCACACCAGCGGGACAAGAUCACGAACGAGAUCGAGCUGCACAAAACCCUGUCGCACAAGCACGUGGUGAAAUUCUCCCAUCAUUUCGAGGACCACGAGAAUAUCUACAUAUUCCUGGAGCUGUGCAGUCGAAAGUCGCUGGCGCACAUUUGGAAGGCGAGACACACGCUCACGGAGCCCGAAGUGCGAUAUUACCUCAGACAGAUCAUAUCCGGCCUCAAGUACCUCCACAGCAGAGGCAUCCUGCACAGAGACCUCAAACUAGGCAACUUCUUUGUCAACGAGAACAUGGAGCUGCGGUUGGGAGACUUUGGCCUGGCCGCCAAGCUGGAGACGGUCGAGCAGAGGAAGAAGACCAUCUGUGGGACUCCCAAUUACCUGGCGCCCGAGGUGCUGAACAGACAGGGCCACGGCACCGAGUCGGACGUUUGGUCUCUCGGCUGCGUCAUGUACACGCUUCUGUGCGGCAACCCCCCGUUUGAGACCCUGGACCUGAAGGAGACGUACAAGUGCAUAAAGGACGUGCGCUACAACCUGCCCUCCUCGCUCUCCCCCGCUGCACAGAAACUCAUCUCGGGCAUCCUGCAGAAAAACCCCAGCGACCGGCUCACGCUGGACCAAAUCCUCAACCACGAGUUCUUCAACAAAGGCUUCACUCCUGACAAGCUUCCCCCCAACAGCUGUGUGAUGGUACCUGAGCUCCAUCCCCCGAGUCCUGCCAAGAAGUUCUUCACUAAAAUGGCCAAGAGUCUGUUUGGCAAGAAGAAAGCGAAAGGUAAACAGAAACUAGCUGAGAAAAAUCCAGGCGAGGAGAAAGAUGACAAAGACAUUUCCAAGUUGGUGACUGGAAUUGUUAAAUGUUCCAUCAACCGGCAGAUCAGCUACAAGACCGUGGGACCCAACGAGGUGCCGUCGCCCACUGGUCAGCUGGUCAACUGCGUGCCUCUGGAGCAGACGCCCGCUGAGGAGGAGUCCAGGAAGUCCAUCUCCCGCUCCUUCAAGGGCACCAUGGCCAGCAGCACCGAACCGUGCGAAGACGUCCUCACGCCGGUGGCUGUCGCAGACACGGCCGUGAAGGUGCUCAGCGGCUGCCUGGCCACGAUGCCUGCAGCCACUAGAAACCCACCGUGCUUGGCCAGGCCCCAGUCCUUCCUGUGGGUCACCAAGUGGGUCGACUACUCCAACAAAUAUGGAUUUGGCUACCAGCUGUCGAAUCAAACCAUCGGCGUGCUGUUCAACGAGGGGACACACCUCAGUCUCUGUGACCAGCGCAAGACGGUCCACUACUGCUUAACCAACAACAAACACUUCACUUUUCCUGCCAACUCUCUGCCCGAGCAGCUUCGCGGCCAGAAGCAGAUCGUGGAGUUAAUGGCCAACUACAUGGAGCAGAAUCUGAUGGAGGGUGGAGAUCUGCAGUGUGAGGAGGCCUCAGGUGCGCCUCCCCUGCUGCUCCAGUGGGUGAAGACGGACCACGCGCUCGUCAUGCUCUUCAACAACGGCACCCUGCAGGUUAACUUCUACACGGACCACACGAAGGUCAUCCUGUGCAAGUCGUCCGACGACUCGUACCUGCUCACCUACAUCAGCCGCGAGCGCGCCUCCUACACGUACCGCCUCAGCACGCUGACGGAGAAGGGCUGCACGCCGGAGCUCCGGCACCGGCUCCGCUACGUGGUCCAGCUGCUUCAACACCACACGGACGCCUGAGAGCACAGGCCCACGCCUCCAGGCCGCCUGACUGGUUGAUAUGGUCCCUCAAGGCACUGAAGGAAAGGGCUCGCGUCUGAAAUGACUGAUGGAAGGCCGCUCCACUCCUGAGCAAUAUUCUUGUCUUAACUGGUGCUCAGGCAGCUGAUUAUCAAAUAAUUGACCUUGAUAAAUGUCAAGCAGUCGGGAAGUUGCACAUUGCAGCAUCUGCCUCAAGGGUUUGUCUGUCCAGCUUACGCCUCAUAGCUAAGCACUUGGGAGGUGUCGAUGCCUGGUCUAAUAUGGAGGAUCCCUCGCAGGCAGAGGCCCAAAUGUAAACAAACGCCAAAUUUCUCCUCACUCACAACCACUGCUUGUUGGCAGGAUCUUCCAAAGCCACCGACCAACCCUCCGCUUCCAGUUUGUCCCGAAGGCCGUAAAACCCGGGCACGGAUUCGCAAAGUCAUCCAAACACUAACCUGGUUCUAAAUUGUCUGGAGCAGAUCCCCUUUUGCGGCCGGGAGGCUUUCGGGCUUCAAAAGUGUUUUUUAGUGUGAUCUCGCAGCAGAGAUGCUUUGGAAAGAAGUGCAGUUUGAGUGGCGGGAGGGGGAUCCUCCACCCUCGGUUGGUUUCUGGCCUCUGCGGUGCACACAUUCACCCCUUUUUUAUCAUAAGCCAGCUAUAGGAUCACACUACGAUCUUGACCUCACAUGCACAAUGACAUUCCUGGCCUUAUUUGACGAUUGUGAUGCUAACAUGUGGAGAAUCACUCCUUUUUUUUUUUCUAUUCUUUUUGUUUGUUUUGCUGGACGGUUCUUACAUUUCACUGACGUGGUACAUGGCAUGCGAGCAGGGCUACGGGAGCACCAGUGUUGCACUUUUUUUUUUUUUUUUUAGUUGAGUAAUUUAAUCAUGAAAAACAGAACCUUUUACUACCACUCAUUCUGUUUUAUUUGCUUUUAACUAGAUACCAAAAUGCAUUUUCUUUGUUGUUCUUUUAAAAAAAAAAAAGUGAUCAGUUUUAAUUCACGUAUAGUGGGCGAAUGUGAGUGUGCCGCAAAGUUGUUUGCUGAAAUGAGGGUGGGGAGGUGGGGGAUAAAAGUGCCUUUCUGAGGGAUAUUGGUAUAGUGCAAUAACAACCCUUAGUGAAUGUCAAGCUGGACACAAACAAGAUUCAAGAAGGGUUUUAUAGUGGGAGUUACUUUUGGACUUGGCCAGGUUUAAAAGUAAGUCCACUAGCACUACACACUCACUACCUGGUAUAAGCUUUUAGAAUGACUGGUAUCAUAACUAUAUAUAAUGUAUAUCCAGAAUUAUCUAUUGAAAAGACAUCGUACUCUGCUGUACUGUAAUCCUUCGCGGUUUACAUUGCUUUCUCAACCCAGAGUUGUAUCCUAAAAACUGUGACCUGGAAUGCAAGUAUUAUGUAGGUGUUUUCAAAAACCCACAUUGUGAAAGCCAUCUGCAAAUUCAGAGGAGCCUUUAUUUUUUGGCACAUAAUGUCCUGUUUAUUUAUUUUUUUAUUUAUUCAUGUUUUUUUAUUUAUUGUUAUGGUCUUGACACAGGGAAAUGUUCAUUUCCGAUCACCUUUUGUAUGUAUCGUAUUUGGGGGGACGUUGGGGCAAAAAUAAAGUUUAUUGAAAUUAA